GUGAGGGCAGAAAGUAGGUCAGUGACGGCGGCUCCUGCUGGAGGGCGAGUGCGAGCUCCUGGGCACAGAGUGCUGGUUCUGAGGUUUCAGAAAUUACUGGAAGGUGAGGCGUUAACGAUGGUCAGUAGGUGACGGGAUCUGCCAGCCGCAUCGGUUUCUACACAUCCAGAUCUGCAUCUUUCAGAUGGUCCAAUGGCCGACCAAAGAAUGGACAUCUCGUCUACAAUCAGCGAUUUUAUGUCGCCGGGCUCUACUGACCUCCUAUCUAGUUCCCAUGGCUCAGUCGGCAUGGAUUGUAACCGCAAAAGAAAGGGGAGUUUAACAGAUUAUCAGCUUGAUGGAUUUUCUUUUGAUCACAGUGAAGGGAUGGAUACGGACAAGGAAGAUCCACAUGGGAUGCUGGAAUAUACAGAGGGUCGAAUAAAAAAUGCACGAGAAGCGCACAGUCAGAUUGAGAAGCGACGGAGGGAUAAAAUGAACAGUUUUAUUGAUGAAUUGGCCUCUCUAGUGCCCACGUGUAACGCCAUGUCUAGGAAGCUGGAUAAACUCACUGUACUGCGAAUGGCAGUCCAGCACAUGAAAACACUCCGAGGUGCUACGAAUCCUUAUACGGAAGCAAACUACAAGCCUGCAUUUUUAUCAGAUGACGAGCUGAAGCAUUUAAUUCUCAGGGCUGCAGACGGGUUUCUUUUCGUUGUAGGCUGUGACCGAGGGAAGAUAUUGUUCGUCUCAGAAUCUGUAUUCAAGAUUUUAAAUUACAGCCAGAACGACCUGAUAGGACAGAGCUUGUUUGACUACCUGCACCCUAAAGAUAUUGCCAAAGUAAAGGAGCAGCUAUCGUCGUCUGAUACAGCCCCCAGAGAAAGGCUUAUUGAUGCAAAAACUGGACUCCCCGUAAAGACCGAUAUUACGCCAGGACCGUCACGGCUUUGUUCUGGAGCUCGGCGGUCAUUCUUUUGUCGAAUGAAAUGUAACCGGCCUUCUGUUAAAGUAGAAGAUAAAGAUUUCACAUCAAACUGCUCAAAAAAGAAAGCGGAUCGUAAAAGCUUUUGUACGAUACACAGCACUGGGUAUUUAAAGAGCUGGCCACCCACUAAGAUGGGGCUGGAUGAGGACAAUGAGCCCGACAAUGAGGGGUGCAAUCUUAGCUGCCUUGUUGCUAUUGGACGAUUACAUGCACACAUUGUACCGCAACAGAUCAAUGGAGAAAUCCGAGUGAAGUCCACUGAAUACGUCUCCCGACAUGCAAUAGAUGGAAAGUUUGUGUUUGUAGACCAACGGGCAACCGCAAUUUUGGGCUAUUUACCGCAGGAACUCCUAGGCACCUCAUGUUAUGAAUAUUUUCAUCAGGAUGAUAUUGGAAAUCUCGCAGAGUGCCAUAAACAAGUUUUACAAACUCGAGAAAAAAUAACAACCGAUUGCUACAAGUUUAAAAUCAAAGACGGUUCGUUCAUUACCCUGAAAAGCCGAUGGUUCAGUUUCAUGAAUCCGUGGACGAAAGAAGUGGAGUACAUUGUCUCUACGAAUACUGUGGUUUCAGCAAGUGUUGUAGAUGGUGGAGAGUCUGGCUAUUCCAAUCUGUCCGCUUCUCCGCCCAAUAUGGACAGCCUCUUGCAGUCGGGAGAAGGUGGAACAAAAAGGAACCAUCCCUCGGUCCCUGGCAUUCCCGGAGGAACGAGGGCCGGAGCAGGAAAAAUUGGCAGAAUGAUUGCGGAAGAAAUCAUGGAAAUUCAUAGAAUGAGAGGUUCCUCUCCUUCGAGCUGUGGGUCCAGUCCGCUGAACAUAACCAGCACGCCACCACCUGAUGCCACGUCCCCUGGAGGUAAAAAGAUAUUAAAUGGAAACACUCUGGAUAUCCCCACCUCUGCAUUGUUAUCCAACCAAGUCCAGGACAACUCCAGUUUCCCCUACUCAGACAGUUCUACAAUGCUUGUUGAAAACUCGCACAUAGGGAUGGAUCUGAUCGAAACAGACCACGGAUCGAGCAGCCCCAGUAAUGACGAAGCUGCAAUGGCGGUCAUUAUGAGUCUCUUGGAGGCAGAUGCUGGACUGGGGGGACCAGUAGAUUUCAGUGACUUGCCAUGGCCUUUGUGAAUGACAACCUGCCCUCAAAGUGCAUUAAUAAAGCUUUAACCCUGCAAUUGCCAGGAUUUUGCUGUCCAUUCUGGCAGUGCAACAGGUUUGCAGGAGUCACGAUCGCUUUUCUAUAUAAAGUGUCAUAGAAAGCCAUAUCAAAGUUACCCAUCAGCUCACCGAUCUGUCAUUCCAGACGAGUUUGAUUCUGCUAGUGUUUGCACCAGGUUAGUUGUGUACAGCUUGCAUUAAUUGUAUAUUUUGAAAUCUGUGCGGUUUUUGGUUUUUUAAUUGUGCGAUGCGACCGUGUCCUCAUUCGCUUUUAUAUUCAAAUUGUCAUUUCAGAUGUUAAGGUGUUUUUACACUGCAGAGAUCCAAUGUGGAUUUAAUAUUUCUUAUAUUAAUUGUAUAAAGAUGUUUUAUUGUAAGAA